AUGAAUUCAGUUUAUGGUGGUUUAGCAAGAUGUGAGGUGACAAGUACGGGAAUCCAAACUACCCCCGGUCAGCCUGGACCGUCAACCUCUGGUUACCAAGGGCGUUCAGCGCCAGGAAGUUCCGCAGUGACGUCAGCAGUUGUUCUGGUUCAAGGUUCAGUAGCAACGUCACCCUCGUCAACGUCCUCUUCUUCGUCCGCAGAAUCUUCGGGCCCAUCAAGUGGUUCGUUGGCGGCGACGCCGGCCGCUUCUUCGGCGGGUUCUCUGAGGGUGAAAUCGGAAGAAGUGUUAUUGGAAGAUUUUACCCAGGAGCCUGGUCAAUCAGCGUUGGAGAGUCGUGAACCGGAAACAGCAAGUCCGGUGAAUCAAAGCCCUCGGUACAUGAUGAACUGGUAUGAGGCGGAAAUGGUCGUAGCAGGUUCCGCUCCCGUUGACCUGUCGCGCUAUUUGAGCGACCCUCCAGUUUCAUCCCCUGAGAUUCCAGCUCCGCGGAAGAGGAAAUCUAGAUUUCCUACCCCUGAGGAACUUCAGCUCAUGAUCCAGAAACUACAGUCGUUAUUGCACCUCAACGUGAUUUCAUAUCGACCAUCGUCGUUUAUCCAGGGUACGACCAGGAUCACUCCAGGAUUUUGGGAUCCACUAAUAGCGAUUAUCCCUGAGUCUAGGGGGUGUGUGAAGCGCUUCUUCCUUCAAUUUCCUUUGGAGUUAGUGGAACAACUGGAUCCAUCGAGGGAUUCCUUACUGAAGACAGUACUUCAUAUGUCAUCUCAGGAGUUGCGUCACUGGUUUAGAUAUACCAAGGCUCCGAGAUAUGUUCAACAAUGGCUGCGUAAAUUAUACCGAGUUUACCGGGGGAAUUACAAUGUAACUACAAACGGCGCCUGGACUGACGAAGUAAUCUGGUAA